AUGUCCAUGCUGCCCACCUUCGGCUUCACGCAGGAGCAAGUGGCGUGCGUGUGCGAGGUGCUGCAGCAGGGCGGCAACAUCGAGCGGCUGGGCCGCUUCCUGUGGUCGCUGCCCGCCUGCGAGCACCUCCACAAGAAUGAAAGCGUGCUCAAGGCCAAGGCCGUGGUGGCCUUCCACCGCGGCAACUUCCGCGAGCUCUACAAGAUCCUGGAGAGCCACCAGUUCUCGCCGCACAACCACGCCAAGCUGCAGCAGCUGUGGCUCAAGGCGCACUACAUCGAGGCGGAGAAGCUGCGCGGCCGACCCCUGGGCGCCGUGGGCAAAUACCGCGUGCGCCGCAAGUUCCCGCUGCCGCGCUCCAUCUGGGACGGAGAAGAGACCAGCUACUGCUUCAAGGAAAAGAGUCGCAGCGUGCUGCGCGAGUGGUAUGCGCACAACCCCUACCCGUCACCCCGCGAGAAGCGCGAGCUGGCGGAGGCCACGGGCCUCACUACCACGCAGGUCAGCAACUGGUUCAAGAACCGGCGACAGCGCGACCGGGCGGCCGAGGCCAAGGAAAGGGAGAACAGCGAGAAUUCCAAUUCCAACAGCCACAACCCGCUGGCUUCGUCGCUGAACGGCAGCGGCAAGUCGGUGCUAGGCAGCUCGGAGGACGAGAAGACGCCGUCGGGGACGCCAGACCACUCGUCGUCCAGCCCUGCGCUGCUGCUCAGCCCGCCGCGGCCACCCGGGCUGCCGUCCCUGCACAGCCUGGGUCACCCUCCGGGCCCCAGCGCAGUGCCCGUGCCCGUGCCGGGCGGAGGCGGCGCGGACCCACUGCAGCAUCACCACGGCCUGCAGGACUCCAUCCUCAACCCCAUGUCGGCCAACCUCGUGGACCUGGGCUCCUAGAGCCCCGCUCGCCUCGACGCGCUUGCCUUCCGGGCUUGGCGCUGGGGACCUGACACAGGCGGUGCUGGGAGGGCGCCCAUGUCGGCGGCCCCACCAGGUACUGAAAGCCCCCACCCUGAGCAGGCAGGACCGCCAGCCAGGGCAGGGUGGGCGGCUGUUUAGGUCCUUGGUCGAGAUUUAUUUUCAACAAGUUGCUUUUGACAUUUUUGGGGGGCCAGGGACUGGGUCUUGGACCAGGGAAGGGAAUAAAUUAUACAGCACUCUCAUUCUCUCUCUCCCUGUCUCCCCUUCCUCUCCUUCUGGCUUUCUUUUCCACUCUCUUGC